GUAAGGUUAGGACAACUGUUACAUAAACAAAACAAUUUGUAAGUAAUUCUUCCUUGUUAGUGUUUUAACUCUGAUUGUUUAUUGUAAAUACAGUAAUCGGUGUAAAGACAAUUUAAAUAACAACUAAUUGUCAUAGUAGUGAUGGAAUCGCACGUUAUACCCAGACAAUUUUCCGGUCAACUUUAUAAAUAUACAAACGUUAUGAAGGGCUGGCAGUACAGGUAUUUCGUAGUAGAUGCCAAUGCGGGGCUGCUUCAUUACUACCUUUGUGAAGGAGAAAAGCCUGAGGGAAACGUUCCUCGAGGUUCAGUUCAUUUGGCAGGUGCAGUAAUUUGUCCAAGUGAUGAAGAUUCGAAAACAUUCACUGUCAAUUGUAUGUCUGGUGAUAUGUUAAAAUUGCGAGCAUCUGACGCUAGGUCACGCCAAGAAUGGGUCAAUGGAUUGAGAGCAAUCGCCGAAUCGCAUACAAAGGCAAUAAGUGCGUCCAGUCCGUCCUUACCACCCCGGGAGCAUCUGGCCGUGUUGGAUGCAAUGGGAAGUGUAAGAGAGCAACUUCAGCAAACUGAACAAGCAGAUGCAGCUCUCUGUAGAGCGAUAGAAUCAUCAGGACCACAAAGUUUCACCGAUCCAACAUUGUUACUACUGAAAGCCACAUCUGCUGCGUCGCUGCACUGUCUGUUUCAGUGUUUUAACAUUUUACAGCGAAGCGAACACCAACAAAUACGGACAGGGGUUAAAAAAAUGGGGCAUUUCUUGUUUAAAACGAGGAGGCACAAAAAAAUCAGAAGAAUUGAUUGGUAAUUGAGAUUGUGGAACGAGACAACUUGUUAAUAUCUAUUGCAUUUCUGUUAUAUAUUUUUGAAUAUUAUUUUUAAAAGAAUGUACCUAU